UUCCGCCUUGCACAUGUGUUUACUAAAGUGCUAUCUCGAAGUCUCAGCUAAAACAGUUUUUACAGCUUCGCUGUUUGUUAAGUUGUGGUGAUAUGGGGAAGCUGAACGUCGUAGUGUUGAGAUAUUUAUCUCGAGAUGAUUUUCGAGUUCUCACAGCGGUUGAGAUGGGGAUGAAGAACCACGAGAUUGUUCCUGUCAGUCUCUUGUCAUCCAUUGCAAGCCUCAAACAUGGCGGCUGCAACAAGAUCCUCAGAGAGCUUGUGAAACACAAACUUGUAGUCUAUGAGCGCUCGAAGACUGUGCAGGGCUACAGACUGAACUACGGCGGAUAUGACUACUUGGCGCUGAAGACGUUGUGCUCCAGGGAAGUGAUAUUGUCAGUCGGCAAUCAAAUGGGUGUUGGCAAAGAAUCAGAUAUUUACAUUGUGGCAAGUCCAAAUGGAGAGCAGUACGCUCUGAAGCUGCACCGACUUGGCCGUACCUCCUUCAGGAACCUAAAAAACAAGAGAGAUUAUCACAAACACAGAAGGAACAUGUCCUGGCUCUACCUCUCCCGCCUCUCUGCCAUGAAAGAGUUUGCCUACAUGAAGGCCCUGUAUGAUCGAGGCUUUCCUGUUCCCAAACCUGUGGACUACAACAGACACGCUGUAGUGAUGGAGCUCAUCAAUGGAUAUCCACUGUGUCAGGUGCAUGAGCUGCAGGAUCCAUCAGCCCUGUACAGUGAGUUCAUGGAGCUUAUCGUCAAACUGGCGAAUAAUGGCCUGAUUCAUGGAGACUUCAAUGAGUUCAACCUGAUGCUGGAUGACCAGGACCACAUCACCAUGAUUGACUUCCCUCAAAUGGUUUCCACGUCACACCCCAAUGCUGAAUGGUACUUUGAUCGAGAUGUCAAAUGUAUCCGAGAUUUCUUUGCAAAGAGAUUUAACUAUGAGAGCGAGCUCUUCCCUACCUUUAAAGACAUCAGGAGGUCUUAUUCUCUGGACGUUGAAGUCUCAGCCAGUGGUUUCACCAAAGACCUGGAGAGAGAUGGUGCUUUGCUGGACCCUGCUGGACCUGAAGAUGAUGAUGAUGACGAGGAAGAAGAAGAAGAAGAAGAAGAAGAAGAAGAAGAAGAAGAAGAAGAAGAGAGUGUUGAAGAGCGAGCACACCAUGAAGAGGAGAGCUUGGACAUGGAGGAAUAUGAUUCUGCGAUACGAGAGCUGGAAGGAUUGAAAGUCACACAUGCAGAAUCUCACAAGCAGGAAGCAGAAGAGGAUGAGAAACAGAAAGAAGAGACCGAGACGUCUGCAACACGAGGCGAUGAAGAAACAGAAAAGCUUUUAGAGGAAGAGGUGAAAGAAGCAGAGGAUGAUUGUCCAGAGCUGACAGACCUUUCUGCCUCCAACAAGGAGUUCAAACCUUUCAGGGACUCGGACAGUCUCCUACAGAUUGCAGAACACAGGAGGAGGAGGACCGACAGUGAAGCCACAGUGGGAAGUGUCGGGAGCUGCUCCACAAUCCCUCCAGACGUGGUCCGUCAGAAGGUGCGGAGGCAACUCGGCAAGCAGCAGAAGGCGGCGCAGAGGAGACGUCUGCAGAAGGGAGAGGCCAACCUGGUGACCAAAUCCAGACGGGAGAACCAAAUCACCAUCAAGUCCAGCAUGGAGAGCGCCGACUUCUGGGGAUAAAAAAAAAAAAACUAAUGACUGUAGUGGCAGACAGAUGGA